AACAGGGCAGGUCUCCGCUGUCCACCUGCCCCGCUUCCUGGUGCCUAGGGGCGGGGGGGGCGGCUCUGGGUGACACCCCCUCUCAUGGUGUCACCCUGGUGCGGUCCGCACUCCCCGCACCCAGGUAGUUACGCCCCUGCAACCGUCAUGAAUCACAUAUAAACUGCCGCCGCGAUGCCGUUGCAGUUCGAACUGUGCCCGGGCAGGCCUAUCGGCGGGGACCACCCAUGCUUUAUUAUCGCGGAGAUUGGCCAGAAUCAUCAGGGAGAUCUCGAGAUCGCCAAGCAGAUGAUCCGAGUGGCUAAGGAAUGCGGAGCAGAUUGUACCAAAUUCCAGAAAAGUGAGCUGGAGUAUAAAUUCAAUAAGAGAGCAUUGGAGAGGCCGUACACUUCCAAACACUCUUGGGGAAAAACUUAUGGAGAGCACAAGCGCCACCUGGAGUUCAGCCAUGAUCAGUACCGAGAGCUGCAGCGCUAUGCAAAGGAGAUUGGCAUUUUCUUCACGGCAUCAGGCAUGGAUGAGAUGGCUGUUGAGUUUUUGCAUGAACUGGAUGUUCCAUUUUUUAAAGUAGGAUCAGGAGACACUAACAAUUUUCCAUACCUGGAAAAGACAGCAAAAAAAGGUCGCCCAAUGGUGAUUUCAAGCGGGAUGCAGUCAAUGAAUACAAUGCAGCAAGUUUACAAGCUGGUGAAACCUAUUAACCCGAACUUCUGUUUUCUCCAGUGCACCAGUGCUUACCCUCUGCAGCCUGAAGAUGUCAACCUUCGUAUCAUAAAGGAGUAUCAGUCCAUCUUCCCAGAUAUUCCUAUUGGCUAUUCUGGUCAUGAGACUGGGAUAGCCAUUUCUGUUGCAGCAGUCGCUAUGGGUGCAAAAGUACUGGAGCGCCACAUUACCCUGGACAAGAGCUGGAAAGGAAGUGAUCAUCAAGCAUCCUUGGAGCCAAAAGAAUUGGCAGAACUGGUGAGAAGCAUCCGGAUGGUGGAAAAGGCCAUGGGGUCCCCAGUCAAGCAGCUCUUGCCCUGUGAAGUGGCUUGCAAUGAAAAGUUGGGAAAGUCUGUCGUGGCCAAAGUCAGGAUCCCUGAAGGUACCGCACUUACACUGGACAUGCUCACAGUAAAAGUGGGAGAACCCAAGGGAUACCCACCAGAAGACAUCUUCGACUUGGUUGGCAAGAAGGUCAAGAUCAAUAUUGAUGAAGACGAAACCAUCACUGAAGAUGCAAUUGAAAAUCACGUGAAAAAAGUGAAAUGUUAAAUGUUGACUGUACUGGCUUGUGAAAUGGGGCCUCAGAAAGCACGGCGGCAGUACACUGAAAUCAUUGUGUGCUGAAGUCCAAAAGAAGGGCUUUUGAGAACUGCAUCUCAAUGGGAUUUUUCUUUCAGGUGGGCUGAAAUGCUUAUACAAGGCUAUGUAGUAUUUCCUGCAGAAUCAUUUUAAUUGCUGAAAAUCUUUCAUUGAAGCAUGACACAAUAACCUUCCCAGAGGGAAUCUUCUCUGAUGGGCAAUGUGGAGCUUUUGUGGGCAGGAUCAGUGCUAACAGUGAAUGCUCCUCAAUGCCUGUGGAUGCCUCUUAAACAGGGCACUGUGCCAUUCAUCUUUAACACUUUUAGUGUUUUCAGAAUUCAGAACAAGCAUGAGAGGUUGCUAUGCCAAUUGUAAUACCUUAGGUUAUAUACUUCUGUACAAAAAUCUCCUCUGUGCCCUUGCUAGUUGGUUUUUUCUCCUUCCCCCAUCGCUAUUAAAGUUCAGCAAAGGGAAAACAGUUGAAUUAUACAAGCUAUACACUAGACAUUUUAAAUAGUAACUUACCUGGUCACUUGUGAUGGGUAAGUAGUGCCUCCAGCCAACCAGGUAUGCAAAUGUCUUACAUCUUCAAAAAACAAACCUUUAGGGUAUAAGAGUGGUAUGUACCUCCAGUCUUAGCUGUUCAGAAUUUGGGAUAUGCUUCUGUAUUUAAUCACAGGCUGCCACUCUGAUUAGUAAGCAUUUAGUAGACACUGGUUUAACAUUUCAACCUGUUGGCAUGCCAUGAGGGCAAGUAACAUGCCCUUUUGAGCUUCAAUCACAUAUUUGGAAGUAAAAUCCUGCUGCAUUCAGUGGGUUCACUGCUUAAGGCUGGGGUGUUAGAUUGACAAGGUAUUGCAGAUCAUGGCCAUUCAGAUUUAUUGCAAUGUGUUGAGAAUUUUUUUCUGUUAGGUAAUGGGGCUCAGAUGCUUCUGCCUUGGUCUUGAUGACUUAACAGAGAAUGUGUCUGCUUUUGCUUGAAAUAAAGGUGUAAGAGGUUGUCUUCACUUGAGAUCCAUUUGCUUUAAGCAUAAUCCUGCAUGCAGGUUGGGGGUACCAGGAUUGUACCAGCUCACUUGCAUUGCUCCUAGCUCCCUCUGACAUUGGGCAUCUCAUUUGGAUAAGAUUGUAUGCACAUAAAGCCUGAUAUAUGUAGGCUGCACUGUAUGACAUACAUAAAAUCCUGGAGGCAGGAUUGCAUGACUCAGCCCUCAAUCAUUUGGGUUCUAUGCAGGUAGGACCUUCUGCAAAUGCACUGUCCCAGAACGUGGAUGUCACAGGAGCUUGGGAGGCAGAGAUAAGCAAAUAGACAAACUCCUGAUCCCUCACUGAUGACUGCACAGGACUUGUCUGAAUCAUGAUUGUUCUGUUAAUGAUUGCCUUAAAUGAUUACAAAAUGAUUUUUUUAAAAAAAAAUGGGGAAAAAACAAAAUAAAGCAUUUCAAGCAAA